GUUGGGGCGGCCCUAAAUUCAACGGCUAUGAAAGGGUUUUCAGAUUGUCAAGACAAUUUCAAAAUUUGAAAGAAGGCUUUUGUUCCCCCACUCUCGCACAGACACCGCAAGGAAACAGGAAGAAGAAGAAGAAGAAGAAGAAGAAGAAGAAGAAGAAGAAGAAGAAGAAGAAGAAGAAGAAGAAGAAGAAGAAGAAGAAGAAGAAGAAGAAGAAAUGGAGAAGCUAGGAGAAUGCGUAUUGGAUCCAGAGACGGAGUUCUUAGCGUCAAAGCAAGAUACAGGUCACGAGUGGGAACUAUUCAAGGAAAAUGUUAGACCUUUGAAGAGAGGCCGUAAUGUUCAACUCCUCAACAAUGCCCUCAAGGCUAAUACUGAUUUUCAACUCAAGAAAUCUCUUCUUGACAAGCGAAGGGCUUUGAUCGAAGCAAUUGACCAGUACAAAGGUGAAGAUCCUCUUCAGCCAUGGCUCCAGUGUAUCAAGUGGGUGCAAGAGUCUUUCCCUCCGGGUGGGGACAGUUCUGGACUUAUUGUUAUUUAUGAACAAUGUGUCCGCACCUUUUGGCAUGAUGAACGAUACAAGGAUGACCUCCGUUACUUGAAAACGUGGCUGGAAUAUGCUGAAAACUGUAUGGAUGCUGAAGUCAUCUAUAGCUUUUUGGAGGCUAACAAAAUUGGGCAGACACAUUCUUCAUUCUACAUAGCCUAUGCUUUGCACAUGGAAUCUCAAAAUAAAAUUAAAACAGCAAAUGAGAUCUUCAAUCGAGGUCUAUCCAUGAAUGCAAAACCCGAAGAUAAAUUGAAGGAAUCCUACAAGAAGUUUGUCAUUCGUUCAAUGGGACGCCCCAAAGCAGCAGAGGAGGAGCUAGCAGAACACCAGCUUCCAAUGAGAAGCUUUGGGACACUGUUGGCAAGGGGGGAAGCUCGAAACCAAACAACAGGAACUUCUGAUUUGUCUCGGAAGAAAAUGAAACAGGAUAGAGCUCAAGGGAGCCUGCUAUCCAUUUACAAAGAUACAAAUGCUGGAAUGUCAUCAACUCUUCAAUCAGAAGUACCAAAGCUAGAGAACAAAUCAUGGCACUGUCUUGGUGCCCGAGCAGAAAGGAACAAGGAGAAUCAGGCAAUUCCUUCAAAGUGGACAUCUAAUAAGGUUCCUCAAAGACACGGGCUUAGAAAUCGAGGAGCUACUACCACCGGUGCAUGCCUAGAGAUCUUCGUGGAUGAGGAAUGUGCCAAGACACAUGAGAAGGAAUCUGCUGGUGGAAACGUUUCUAGUUUACAGCUUAGACGAGGAGAUGAUAAAGACAUAAAAAAGGAAACUGAGUUGCUGAGGGAGAACCCACUGCGUUAUUUUCCUCCAACCUCUUUACCUAGAUGAGCUGACAGAACAGAAAAAUGCACAUUCUUGUGUAAUGAAUUUUCUCUAUCUCAAAAUUCUCAACCUUGUCCAUUGUCACUUUACAAAUUUUCUAAGAAUAUUUAGUGAAGCGAUUGAAAGAAGCAUUAUGGUUGUAAUACAUGUAUCUUUGAUUUGGCAGGCUUGAGCCAAAUCCUUUAGAACUCUUGACGCCUUAGAGGAGUGUUUUAUAUGAUUGCAAGAGUUACGAUGGAUGUAGCUCAAUGUGCUUUAUCAUG